GCUCUGCGUGGCUCCGGGGGAGUGACCGGGGGAGCCCUCUAAGGGGUUCCCGGGGGUCCCGCCCGCUGCAUGAGGAGCCACGUGCCGGCGGCUCUACCUGUCCCUUGGCCCAGCGAGGCGGGCCCCAAGCGGGGCUUUGACCCGGGCUUUCCCCGCACCGGGGUCUGUUCCGGCGUAGGGCGGGAGGUCCGCUAUGGCAGGGCCCGGUCACCGGAGUUCGGUGUUAGAGCGCCCCGUUCCGGCGUGCCGAGCCCGUGGCUCUCUAGCGGGUGCGAACAGAAGUCGCUGUAAAGCCGGGGCAAGGGCGGGGUUCAGGUGGUUUCCCUGCCCCGUGUAGCUUGGAGGUGCCUCCUGCUCUUCCGGGGAAACCGGGGGACACCAGCGUCCUCCCUGCCUCCUGGGGGUGUUCAGUGUGACACGAUGUCUCAAGGAACACCCUUGUGAGACUUGAUUUGUGAGCAGAUGGAAAUAUAAUUGGUAGAUUAUUGGUUAAGCAGCUUCGAAAUACUUCUCAGAGCAAUCAAUAGAAAGGGCCUCCUGUCUCUCACACUGAAUUCCCAGUGAAGGAUGGAGAACAUCCUGGCUGGGUUGUGUGGCACCAGCCCAGAAGAUCCCCUCCCCGUGUGGGUUGGUGGCAACAUUGGCCAUUGCUUUAAUCAGCUAUUAUUAAAUGUGAUUCCUCAUGUGGUGCUUGCAGUGGUCAGUGCCUGCUUCCUUGGCACUCCAAGAUCUGGCUCCGGGGUGCCUUGCAGGCCAGGCUGGGUAUGCAGAAUUGCCUCCUCCUUCAUACUUUCUGGCCUAUUCCUUGCUGACACCAUCCCAGCCACCAUUUCUCAGCAGGAGCUGGGCCCUGUGUACCUGGAAGUGCUGGCCAAUGGCACUGCUGCUCUGGCAUGGCUCACCGGCCUCGCUCUUCUCGUGCUCUUCAGGUCCAUUCGCAGAUCUACCAGGGGUCCUGCAGCCCUGGCUCUCCUCACUCUUUUACCCCUGCCUUCCUCCAUCAUCACUCUGGUGUGGUACUACCAAAGCGGGGCAGCUUGGUCCCCUGCCCACCCUGCUGCCUGCAGGUUCACCAUUCUCUGUCUCCAGCUGGUCUCUCUGCUUGUCUAUGCCAUUGGAUACCUCUUACCCACCAACAGGCAGGACUUCUCCAUCAAUCACUCCUGGCAGGAACACCGACCCAUCUCAGAGCCAGAGAUCCCAGUUCCUGAUCAGCUGGAGGUGGCAGAAGAUGGUGAGAGCUGGCUCUCACGCUUUUAUCUUUGGAUGAACCCACUUAUGAAACGUGGCUAUCAGUGGAAGCUGAACCAGCCACAGGAUGUCUUUGUGCUUCUCGACAAGCUCCAAGCCACCAGGGUCUGUGACUUGUUCUAUUCCUGCUGGCAGAAGGCUGCAGCUCUGCGUCAAGUAGAGGAGGAGUCAGUGUCUCUUACUAGCCCAAUCAUUGCUGGAGAUGAUGGGAGUAGCCAUGCCCCAGGCAGCUCUCACCAUGCCCAGGGGGCUGUCAGACUCUUCUCAGUCCUUCACGCAGCCUUUGUUCGUUUCUACUCCCUUGGAUUUCUGAAGCUGGCUGGCAACCUGCUGAAUUUCUCGGGUCCCCGCUUCUGAACCUGCUAGUGAGGCUUCAUGGAGUCACAGCAGGAGCCCCUGAGCCAUGGGGUGCUCUAUGCCCUUGGCUCUUUGCUGGCUCCUUCCUGGGUUGCUGUCUUGCGGAACCAGUUCAGCUAUGAGCUGUACAAGGUGGUGCUGAUGGUGCGGGCCACUGUCAUCUCUGCCAUCUACCGCAAAGCUGUGCGUGUUAGCAGCACAAGCCUUUCCUCCUUCAGUGGGGAAAUCGUCAACUUCAUGAGCACGGACACCAGUAGGUUGCUCAACUUCUUCAGCAGCUUCCAUGAGGUGUGGAGCCUGCCUUUCCAAUUUGCCAUUACCCUCUACCUCCUCUACCAGCAAGUGGGGAUCGCCUUUGUGGGAGUCUUUGCCCUGGCACUACUGCUUGUGCCCAUCAACAAGGUCAUAGCUAGCUGCAUCAUGGUGAACAACAGGGAGAUGCUGAAACACAAGGACACACGGGUCAAGCUAAUGACAGAGUUCCUAUGUGGCAUUCGUGUGAUCAAGUUUUAACCUGGGAGAAGCACUUCAAGCACCAGGAUAAAUGCCUGCCCGGGCAAAGAGCUGCAGAAGCUACGAGCCAUCAAGUACUUGAUUGCUGCGUGUGUGUAUUUGUGGGCAGCAUUGCCUGUUGUUGUCUCCAUUACCAUCUUCAUCACUUAUGUCCUUUUGGGUCACCAGGUCACUGCCACAAAGGUGUUCACAGCACUAGCCCUCGUAGGAAUGCUCAUUCUUCCCCUCAACAUUCCAUGGGUGUUGAACGGGACUUUGGAAGCCAAAGUUUCACUGGAUCGAAUCCAGCGUUUUCUUGAACUUGUAGACCAGGACCUGGAAACUUAUUAUGCCCUAGAUAGCCCAGGUACUGAUACUGCUGUGGAGCUGCAAUGUGCAGCAUUCUCAUGGACACCAGUUGUGGAGGAAAGCACCAUGCAGCCCUUAUCCACAGGCACUCUGCAACUGUACAUUGAGAACCUGACGGUGAGAAAGGGGAUGCUCCUCGGAGUUGUUGGGAAGGUUGGCUCUGGCAAAAGCUCUCUGCUUGCAGCGAUCACUGGAGAACUCAUUAAACAAGGUGGACAACUGCAUGUUUGUGACCUGGAGCAAGGAUUUGGUCUGGCCACACAGGAGCCUUGGAUACAGUUUACCACUGUCCGUGAGAAACAUCCUUUUGGGCGUGAAUAUGAUGCCAGGCUGUAUGAGGAAGUGGUGGACCUGUGCCUCUCUGAGGACCUGAAUAUUUUACCAGCAGGUGACCAGACAGAGGUGGGGUGAAAAUGGUGUACACUCAGUGGGGGACAGAAGGCCCGAAUAGCCCUUGCCAGAGCCAUUUAUCAGGAGAAAGAGCUUUACCUCCUUGAUGAUCCCUGGCUGCUGUUGAUGGCAGAUGUAGCCAACCAUUUAAUGCAGAAAUGCAUUCUUGGAGUUCUCAAACACAAGACCAGGAUCCUUUGCACCCACAGGACUGAGUUUUUGGAGAAAGCUGAUGCCUUGGUGUUGAUAGACAAUGGCAGGAUAGUUUAAAACAGGUACACUGGCACACCAGCUGAUAUCCCACUUGUGGAAGCCUUCCCAAGAUCAAGGAUGUGGAGCAAGAGGCAGAAAGAUAAAGGUCUCCCUGUUGAACAGGGCCAAAAAGAAGCUAUAGAGGCAGAGGGAAGAAGAAUCAACCCCAGAACAAUUAUCUCAUCCACAAGGAAGAGGAGAAGAAAGAAGGGGGCAGUGGCUUUUCAGGUCUACAAGGCAUACUGGGUGGCAGUGGGCAGCUGCUUGGCAUUAUCCAUCCUCUCUCGCUGCUCCUGAUGCAGUCUGUCUUUCUCUGUAGCAUCCAGAAAUAUUGCAGAUUGGUGGCUGUCAUACUGGAUCUCCAGCUUACCUCAGACAGAAAAUACCUCAGUGAUGGUCUGCUCAGCUUCCAUGACUUCCCCAGAGUUGCUUCUCUUCCGCUUGUUGGGCUUGUCUCCCGCCGUUCAAACUAUGGACACCACUCCAGACCCUCCCAAUGGCACACGCAAUGUGAAUUUCUACUUGGUGGUUUAUGGGAGCAUUGCAGGGGCCAACUCCCUCCUCACUCUUCUUCGGGCCUUCCUCUUUGCUUAUGGUGCUCUCCGUGCUGCCACUGUCAUUCAUGAUCGACUGCUCCAGAGGGCUCUGAAGGCCACAGUCACCUUCUUUGAUACCACACCAACAGGCCGGAUCCUGAACCGCUUCUCCUCAGACCUGUACUGUGUGGAUGACACUCUGCCAUUUAUGCUUAACAUCUUCUGGCCAAUGUCUUAUGGGCUCCUGGGCAUGCUGGUGAUAAUCAUCUAUGGCCUCCCUUGGAUUUGUCUGGUCUUACUCCCUCUGUCUGCCCUCUACUUCUCCAUCCAGCGCUAUUAUCGGCGCACAUCCCGGGAGCUCAAGCGCUUUUGCAGCAUCACUCUGUCCCCAUUUAACACUCACUUCUCAGAGACCCUCUCAGGACUGAGCAGCAUCAGAGCCAUGCGGGCUACACAGAGGUUUGAGUUAGAGAAUCAGCUGCGCCUGGAGCGGAACCAGCGCUGCCUCUUUGCCAGCAACACAGCAAUGCAGUGGCUGGACAUCCGCUUGCAGAUGAUUGGGGUUGCUGUGAUUACUGCCAUUGCAGGAAUUGCCAUCGUUCAGCAUCAGAAGCAACUGGGAAAUCCAGGACUUGUGGGCCUGGCACUUUCAUAUGCCCUGUCUGUCACAAACCUGCUCUCAGGCCUCAUUUCCAGCUUCACUGUGACAGAGACCAUGAUGGUGAGCAUGGAGCGGACAGAGGAAUACACGACAGAUAUCCCAUGGAGCCCCAGCAUAAACUGGUUUGAGGUUGCUGAUGACUGGCCAAGCCAGGGGCUUGUGGAGUUCCAGCAGGUAGUCCUGGCCUAAGCAGGCCUGCCCAAUGCACUUGAUGGUGUGACCUUCACUGUUUACCCUGGAGAGAAGGUGGGGAUUGUGGGUCGCACAGGAUCUGGAAAAUCCACCCUUUUCCUGGCCAUUUUCCGUAUGCUGGAGCUGAUCGGCCGGAUUCUCCUGGAUGGUGUUGACAGCCAGCUGGUGGGCUUGGAGGAUCUGAGAUCCAGGCUGGCCAUAAUCCCCCAGGAUCCAUUUUUGUUCAGUGGCUCAAUCCGGGAGAACCUGGAUCAAGGGAAACGGACAGAUGCUGAGCUCCACGAGGUGCUAGAGCAGUGCCACCUAUGGGAUGCUGUUACUCAGAAUGGCUUGACCUCUGCAGGUGGAUUGGACAGCCAGCUGGGAGAGAGGGGAAAGAGUCUCUCUGUGGGACAGAGGCAGCUGGUGUGUCUGGCAAGAGCCCUCCUGACACAGGCCAAGGUGCUGUGCAUUGAUGAGGCCACAGCCAGUGUGGAUCAGCAGACAGACCAGCUGCUGCAGCAGACCAUCCGCCACCGCUUUGCUGACAAAACUGUUUUGACUAUUGCUCACAGGCUGAACACCAUCUUGGACUCAGACCGUGUGCUGGUGAUGCAAGCAGGGAGAGUGGCAGAGCUGGAUUCACCCGCCCGCCUAAGCCAGAAAGAUGGCUCCUUGUUCCAGCACCUCCUGCACAGUGGGCAGCAGUGACCUCCCUUCUGGGCUGAGCCCAGGCUGUCCUCCUAGGUCUUGCCUCAGCCAUCAUCCUUGUCCCUGCAGGGCAAGGAGCUGCAGAGGUGAGGAAAAUGUUACUCAUGCUUGCAGACAGUGAUGGUGUGUCCUCAGGGAUGGGAGCAUGGCACUGUGGCAUUUCCUUUAGCAGGGAAGAUGGAGCCUGGUGUUUAGGGCCAUGCUGGGUGGGAUAUGGCUUCCCUGCAAGAUUCCCCUUUGAGAUUACAGAGGGAUUUUCCACUCACAGAAGAAUCAGUGGCUCUAGUCUGAGAAUUAGUCUCAUAUGUGCAAUUUAAAAUAAAGUGGAAA